AUGGAUGCCCAGGUGGCCCUGCUGCUCGUUUGGACAGGUCUUGUCCUGCUGACAGCUGAACUGAAGUGGAUUGAUGCUGCAGAGAUGUACACCAACACUUGGGCUGUCCAGAUCAACGGGGGCCUAGAGGAGGCUGACCGCAUCGCCAAGGAACAUGGUUUUAUCAACCAAGGCAAUGUUUUUGGAGAUUAUUAUCACUUUAGGCACCAUGCUGUGGAGAGGAGGGCAUUGUCUGGCCACAAGGGGAUGCACAUCAAACUGCAAAAAGAACCACAGGUCCAGUGGGUGGAACAGCAAGUGAUGAAAACAAGAAAGAAGAGGGACAUCUUUGAAGGUCCCACAGACCCAGACUUUUCUAAGCAGUGGUACCUGUCCAAUCCAACACAUCAAGACCUGAAUACAAAAGCAGCCUGGGCCCAAGGCUACUCUGGAAGAGGUGUAGUGGUGACCAUCUUGGAUGAUGGCAUAGAAAAAGACCAUCCUGACCUCUUCAGCAAUUAUGACCCUGAGGCAAGCUAUGAUGUUAAUGAUGGAGACGCUGAUCCCCAACCGCGAUACACGCAGCGAAAUGAAAACAGACAUGGGACUCGGUGUGCAGGAGAAGUCGCAGCUGCAGCCAGCAAUGGAGUGUGUGGUGUUGGUGUAGCCUAUAAUGCAAGAAUUGGAGGAGUUCGCAUGCUGGACGGGGAGGUGACGGAUGUUGUGGAGGCUCAUUCUCUUAGUCUCAACCCCCAGCACAUCCACAUUUACAGUGCCAGCUGGGGCCCAGAGGACGACGGCAAGUCUCUGGACGGCCCUGCCAAACUGGCCAAGGAAGCUUUUCUCCAAGGAAUAACCAAGGGACGCAGCGGACUGGGCUCUAUUUUUGUCUGGGCCUCGGGCAACGGUGGCCGAGAACAGGACAGCUGCAACUGUGACGGCUACACCAACAGCAUUUACACCCUGUCCAUCAGCAGCACCACGGAGUCAGGCAACGUGCCAUGGUACAGCGAGCCCUGCUCCUCUACGCUCGCCACUACAUUCAGCUCUGGAAACCCAGGAGAGAAACAGAUAGUGACCACAGACCUGAGGCAGAAAUGCACUGAUUCUCACACAGGAACAUCUGCUUCUGCCCCGCUGGCUGCUGGGAUCAUCGCUCUGGCUCUGGAGGCAAAUAUGAAUCUAACCUGGAGGGACAUGCAGCACCUGGUGGUGAGAAAGUCCCAACCCAGGCACCUCGUCGCCGGAGACUGGAAGACUAACGGAGUGGGGCGCAGAGUGAGUCAUUCGUACGGGUAUGGUCUCCUGGAUGCAGGUGCCAUGGUGGUGCUGGCACAGAACUGGACAACAGUGGGGCCGCAGCACCAGUGUGUUCACACCAUGCUUACAGAAUCCAGAGACAUCGGAAACAAGCUGGUGUUCAGCAAAAGCGUGGAUGCCUGCUGGGGACAACCGGAGUAUGUCAGAUCUCUGGAGCACGUUCAGGCUCGCCUCACUCUUUCCCACAACCAGAGAGGAAAAUUGGCCAUUCAUCUCAUCAGCCCACUGGGCACACGUUCCACCCUGCUGUUCCCAAGACCCAAUGACUAUUCCUCAGAAGGGUUCAAUGACUGGGCCUUUAUGACCACCCACUCCUGGGACGAGGAUCCUCAGGGAGAGUGGACACUAGAAGUAGAAAAUGUGGCAGUGAAUGAACAAGACUACGGUGUGUUGAGUCAGUUCACUCUCAUCCUGUGGGGCACCGGGCCGAGCGUCGUCAACCCCUCUUCACCCGACUUCCCUCGACCUUCCAAUAACAGCUGCAAGACGUUCGACGCUCAGCAGAUUUGUAUUGAGUGCAGCCCUGGCUUCUCCCUCUUCCUUCAGGGUUGUGUGAAGCUGUGUCCUCCGGGGUUCACGUCAGGACCACAGCUCCUCAACCUGUCUCUUGAGAACUGGGUGGACCUGUCCUCGGUGCAGGCCUGCCUGCCCUGCAACCCGGCCUGCCUCACCUGCUCCGGCACCGGACCCACAGAUUGCCUGUCCUGCCCGCCUCACAGCCACCUGGUCCUCACCUCCUGUCUGCACCAGAACCAGGUCCAGCGGAAGUCCCCCCUCACGGUCGGACUCCAGAGUCAAGAAAACGAGCUGGAGGCCAAAAGCCCGGCGGCAGCAAAUCGCAACAAAAACGGAGAAACCGAGGAGCUCCCAGGGCUCGGUGUGGCUCCGCCCACUCAGCUGCCUGUCGUCGUGGCAGUUCUCAGCUGUGCCUUCAUCCUGGCCGCCUUUAUUGGAGUCUUCUUUUUGCUACAGUUACGCUCAGGCGACGCUUCUGUGGCCUGGAGGACCAAACUCCCCUCUGUGCUUUCAGAGACGCGAGGGAUGCAUGUGGGCUUUGGUUUGAGCUUCCAUCGGAGACGGGAGAGGAAGACUCGAAUCUGCUACAAGGGGGUCCCCACUGUGUGGGCGGACGAGGACACGAUUGUCUACGAGUCUGAAUCAGACGGCGAGGAUGUAGACAGUCACAGCGAGAGGACAGCUUUUAUCAAAACGCAGAGCUCGAUGUAGCCGAAGCUGCUUCAC